AGCUCCGCAGCACAGCACGUUGCUGUUGGCGGCGUUAGCGCACGCGGGUUAAAGAGUAGGUGGGCUAUGGCGUCAUUGGUUCAGGAAAGAUGCGUGUGGUUUGUAACCAUAGAAACGCAAGGGUGGCGUCCUCAGAUUUGCUCACUCUGGGACCUGGUUUCAAAAAUUAACGAAUCCUGGCACCCAAAACGCUGGUUCCAUGUGGACGAAACGUCCUUUUGCGGAUACACCUACACUCUUCUCCGUGUGGACAUGGCCUAAAAUAUGUGGAUUAUGUGUGUAUUACUGGCUCAUGAUAUGUAUAUGAGUUCUGGUCCAUCACUUUCCGCAGGAAAAAGUACUAACAGUACAAGAGACCAGUCUGCCGACGUUAUUCAUAUCAGAUUUAAACUUCAAAUAUAAUUCUAUGAUACCAACACAUUUGUAAACUGUCGUCACUUUGUAGGGAAGUAUCCUUCUGUGUCUGCUACUGAUGUUCCUGGAUGCUGCUACUAUGAUGUCAACACAAGCACAUGGUGGGAUUGUGCUGCAUGUGGUUGCAUUUAGGCAGCAAAAGCACACGUCAACCAAUGCUGAGGUGUUGGCAAAAGCACAUGUAGGCAUGGACUUUCAAGAUAAGAUAUUGAAAAAAAGGGGAAAAAAGCAUUACAGUAAGAUGGGAAGUGAACAGUGAACUCCUGCAUGAAAGUCCAAGGUUUGUUGGAUCCAUCCACUGCCCUGCCUGCCAGCUCUAUAGGGACCUUCAUGAUUCUUGUAUUACAUUGUUCCCAGCAACUUUUCAACCUGAUGCUCCAGCGGUGUGCAGCGCCACCAUGCAGCCACGAAAAGCUGCUUUUGUCAUUGUGAUUUUAUGCAGAAAUCAUUGCAAAAAUGGCGGUAUUUGAUGACUUCAGAGUGAGAACAGGCUGCAUGACACACACGGAAGGAGGCACAGAAAGCUGGGAGAAAAUAGAGAAAGUGUUCUUACAGUUUAAACAUGCGUGUGUGAGUGGGCAGCAAACCACAGUCGUCACUGCCUCUCCGUGUGUUUAUCAGUUGGCCUGUGACUGGAAGCUGCUGGUCACCACCUGCAUUGACCAAGAUGGUGAAACUUGCACCUGGACUGGUUUUUGUCUCUUUUAUCCUGACUUUAACGCCAACUGCUGCAGAUGCUCCCAUCAGAUUAGCUGGGUCUGGGUCCACUCGGUGCUCUGGGAGAGUUGAAAUAUAUAAUAGCAAUGCCUGGGGAACAGUCUGUGAUGACAACUGGGACCUGAAAGAUGCUGACGUGGUGUGCAGACAGUUGCGUUGUGGUACAGCACUGAAGGCCGACCAGUCAGCCUAUUUUGGUAAAGGAUCUGGACAAAUCUGGCUUGAUAAUGUGGACUGUUCAGGAAAUGAAAGUUCUCUAACUGAGUGUCAGCACACUGGAUUGGGGACACACGACUGUCAACACACUGAGGACGCUGGUGUGAGUUGUUCAGGUGUUCAAAUCAGAUUGUCUGGUACUACAUUGUGCCAAGGAAGAGUUGAAAUCAAUUACAACAAAGUCUGGGGAACGGUCUGUGAUGAUGAUUGGGGCUCAGACGAUGCUAUGGUGGUGUGCAGAGAGUUGGGCUGUGGUACGUCCUCUCUUUCAACCCAUUUUGGUGAAGGAACCGGACAAAUCUGGCUCGAUGAUGUGAAAUGUUCAGGAAGUGAAAGGUCUAUAACUCAGUGUGAACACGGAGGAUAUGGGACACACAACUGUGGACAUAAUGAGGACAUUGGUGUGGUGUGCUCAGCAAUCCUCCCAAAGCCCAGCAUCUCCAUGAAUCCUGCUGGUGAAGUGAUCUUCGGUCAUAAUGUUGACAUCACUUGUUCGGUCUCAACUCAAAGUCAGCAGCUGUUAAGUGCAACAUUUACUUUGACAAAGACUUUAGGUUCAUUCAGAAAGAACAAAAGCUCAAGAACCAACUCCGCUGUCUUUAAUAUACCUAAAGUCAACUUAGAUGACGAAGGAUCGUACCGGUGUGAGUAUCGGACAAUGGUUUCAAGUGAAGACUUGAUCUCCCCCUUAAGCCACUCUGUCAGACUCGCCGUUACUGUGAACCUCCCAAAACCCAGCAUCUCUAUGGAUUCUGCUGGUGAGGCUUCCUGGGGUCAGGAUGUCAGCAUCAAUUGUUCAAUCGCAACUCAGCAUUUAGGUGGAACAUUUAUUCUGAGGCAGACCUCCGGCUCAUUCAUAAAGACUCAAACAUCAGGGACCAAUGCCACGACCUUCAACAUCGCCCAAGUGGACUUUGACCAUGGAGGAUCAUACUGCUGUCAGUAUCAGAUGAGCGGUUCAAGUCGAAACUUCAGCUCCAUCCUCAGUGACUCUGUCAAACUGUCAGUUACUGUCCCACCUCAGCUGCCGAGCAUCUCCCUGACGUCUCCGAACGGAGGGCUGCUGUGGAGUCCUGAAGGUGCAGAAGUCACCAGGGGUUAUAGCUUUGUCAUCACCUGCUCCACUUCCUCCCGUUAUCCUGGAGGUGUUUUCUCUCUUAUCUUCUCCGGCACCACCAUCGACACCCAGCCAGCAGUCAACCACUCAGCCUCCUUUACGUUUCCUGUAGCUGAGUAUGAAAAUGAGGGCAACUACAGCUGUGUGUAUGAAGUCACGCUGUCCUCCAGGAGAUUCACUUUCACACAGGACACACUCAUUAGUGUCAUCAUUAAAAGGCCUUUGUUGCCACUGGUCUCCUUGGUAGCUGCUGGGGGUGCACUGCUGCUCCUGCUGGUCUUGGUGGUGAUCUGUCUAGUCUGCAAGAGAAGACGACGAGCCAGUCAGCCUGGAGCCCUCGUUCAAACACAAAUGGCUCUCAGAGUCAGGAACGAAUAUGGAGGUGAUGAGCAUGAGGAUGAGGAUGAGGAUGACUACGAGAAUGUUGAUGCAGUUUUUAACAAGAAGAAAUUAAAAAAAGGAGCAGGAAAAAUGGAAGAAGAGCACAGUGAUGAUUAUGAGGAACCAGAGGGUGACGAAGAUCAUGAUUACGAGGAAGCGGGCCCCGCCAAGGAGGUCUGUUUCAGAGGAGAAGAAAAAGAAGAAAGUGAUGAUGAAUAUGAUUAUGAAAAUGUAACCCAGCCAUCUGACAGACAAACUGUGGACAUUUAUGGAGAAGAAGACAUUUAUCAAAACUUUUGAGGUUUCAAAAGGCCAGCAGUGCCACAGUGGUUGCCACAGUGGAGAAAGCACUCAUUUUGUUUUGACACCACUGCAAAUAAUUUUGCAGAGUAAAAAAAACUGUUGAAGUAGUAACACCUAAACAUUGAAAUGGAAGGAGAAGACAAAUGUUGAAUGAUGCUGAAUCAAUUGUAGCCUCUGGGAAAUCAGUUAAUCAUUCAACUCUCAUUAUGUUACACUGGUAAUUCGACUAAAUCCUGAAUCUGGUUGUUUUUUAUUACAUCCGUAAAGUAUCUGUCAUCUGUUUUGGCUGUUUUGACUCUAGUUUUUUACUUACAUUUUGCAAAUAUUUCAAAGCACCAUGCAGAGUGCCCCAGUAAUUAGCCCUAAUGCCUGGGAAUGAGUUCAGCUCCUGUGGUUCCCCUGUCUCAGAGUUAAAGGUUUUUUUUAUGCGUUUUUGGGUAGAAGUCUGAAAUAAGGUCAGUGUUUAACAAAAGCUUAAGAGACUUUAACAUUUUGUUCUACGACACAAAUAUGCAGUAAAUAACCCCAUGUACUUAAAAGCCUUGCUGUGCCUUAAAAAAGUGGUUCCUAAGUGACUCAAUAAGGCAUCAUCAUGCCGAUUCGCACUGAACACGGCUUUACAGCCUUGUCGUGGAGGCAACAUUAAAACGUGUCACAGUGGUGUAGAUCAUUUAUAGCCUAACAUUUGCUUUUUACUUCUGGUGAUUGUAUUUAGGCUUUAAACAUACUGAAAGUGGUGUUCAUUUAUGAAGAUUAUCUUGCUGAACAAGUAAGUAUCAUAAAUGUUUGCUUGCCACAGAGCUUAUUUGCAGCAAUAAUCAAAAAUCCAAUGGAAAAAUCCCAUUUCCUACAGUAAAUAUUGUGUAUAGAGUAGAAUAGAAUAGAAUAUAUCUGUUUUGUCCACCGUUUUGAAUUAAUAUCCCACAAGAUGACAGGACCUCAUUGAGUUCAAAGUCUCAGUAAGUAAAAACAUAAAAGCUCCUCUCAGAAAGAAAGUUUAUUUCACAAUAUGCUGAACUAUCAAAUCUUUACAGUAUCUUAUUUCAAUUUUAUCACACAUAAUUUUAUCACAUAUGUCACAUAUAUAAUCACAAUCAUAUGAGAUUCUCUUUAGGCCUUGAUAGUGGGUAAAUGGCUUCAGUGCUCUCUAUGCUCAACUCAAGAUGAUACACUGUAUUAUUGUUUGGUAUGUAGAUUUUAUAUAGGGCACAAAUAUAGAGCAGAGCUCCAAAAACUGUAGUUUCUUGCAUCUUGUGACACCCACUGACACACUUUCCCUUCACAGCGAGAGUACAUUGCUUAACUUUCUGAUCUUAAUGUACUUCCUGCUAUUUCUGCUACUUUUUUAUUGAGGCAGCUUUAGUUGGAAUAGGGGUUUUUGUGACCAAAAUGUGCUAUAAGGCCAAUGAGAAGGGUUGGAAUUCUUAAAUGCAACAAAUACACAGCUUUUUUAAUUUAACUUUAGAAGACUGGUUUUAUAAAGACACAAAAAACUAUUGUUUGUAAAAUAUUUCAUUUUUUUUAUACUGGCUUACUGAACAUCAUUUCAAAUAGGAGGUUUUGUUGUGACAAAAAGGCACAAUGUGAGGCCACUGAGAAGAGUUGGGACUCUUUUGACGCAACAAAUUAAUAUCUUUAUUAAUUAAUUUAAUCAUGCAUUAGAGUCGUCAUUAGAGUACAUAAACAAGCCUUACAAAGCUACAUAAAUCACAUAUGAAUAUGAAUUUGUAGGAAUGUAUGUAUUUGGUAGAUAAUUAUUUCUAGUGGUAAAAAUCAACACCACUUUUGCAUUAUGGCCUUCGAACCCUUGCCAAAAUGACCUUAAAGUUGGCAUUAAAUUUAAGGUGAUAAUAAAAUGGUCUUAAAAGUCUUAAACUAUGAGCACACUGGGGGUACCCUGAUGUAUGUAAAUAAAGUCUUUAUAAAUAUUUUAAUAUUCAUUUAAAGGAAA